AAUAAAUAAAUUUGCACAAAUGGGUUAAAAAAGGUGUCGUUUAUUAUAGUUAGAUAUUGUCGUUUUAACGAAAUUCUCAGAGCCUGAAAGCACUAUCGUCGAAUCUGAUUUUCUCGCUCUCACGAUAGAACGAAUUUGGUUCCAAAGCCAAAACUGAAUUCAAUUCAAUUCCAUUGAACAAAGCCAAAAACAAUGGGAGAAUCGAACCCUUCAACCAACAUCGAAGACGAUUUACUUCUCAAAACUUUCUUCGCCGAAGUCAGCGAAGUUGAAAGAGACAACGAAGUCCUUAGGAUUCUAUCUUGUUUUAAAUUGAAUCCGUUUGAGCAUCUAAACCUAUCAUUUGAUUCAUCAAUUGAUGAAGUCAAAAAGCAGUAUCGUAAGAUAUCGUUGAUGGUUCAUCCUGACAAAUGUAAACAUCCACAAGCAAAGGAGGCUUUUGGAGCACUAGCGAAAGCACAACAAUUAUUACUCGAUCCAAAUGAAAGGGAUUAUCUUCUUAGCCAAGUGACUUCAGCAAAAGAAGAACUUAGAGUAAAGAGAAAGAAACAUCUGAAGAAGGAUACAGCCUCAAAAAUGAAGUCCUUAGUUGACGAGGGAAAAUACGAUAAGCAAUAUGAACAGUCAGAAGAAUUCAAGCAGGAGCUCAAACUCAAAGUUCGUGAACUAUUAACAGAAAAAGAAUGGAGAAGAAGAAAAAUGCAAAUGAGGAUAUCAGAGGAGGAAGGCAGAUUAAAAAAGGAUGAAGAAGAACAGAAGGAAAUUUGGAAAAGAAAGCGUGAACAUGAAGAGGAAUGGGAAGGAACAAGAGAAAAGAGGGUAUCCAGCUGGAGAGAUUUUAUGAAGGGUGGAAAGAAGAAUAAAAAGGGAGAAAUUCGCCCCCCUAAGCUCAAGACAGAAGAUCCCAACAAAUCCUACGUUCAGAGGCCUGUAAAAAGAGGUUAGGGUGUUUGGGUGCAAGACGAUCAAUCCAACAGAGGAAUCCAAGAAAACUUGUUCAUGUGCCCUUUGGUAUCAGUUUGAUUGUAAUCAUAUUUAUCUCUAGGGUCAUGUCAUGAGAGGCAUCUUUGUGGAAUGUAGACCUCCGGAUGGAAUACCCCAUAUUGGGAUGUUAUGCCCUACUACUGAUACAUAGGAACUAUAAGCUGUAUUGCCUUAUAAAUGGUGUUUUUAGAAAUUAGUUAGACAUGUUUAUGGAGAACUCCAUUCUGAUCAGUUGCAAUGAAUUUCACUAAUACACUGUAAAAUGAAAAAUUUAGUGACAUUA